AUGGUCAACUUUCGAGGCAGAUCCGUCUUCCCAUCUCCCAGCUCGUCGUCGAUCUCCUCAAGUGCAGGAUCCAUGAGCUCUAACUCCCAAACAAAUGGAUCCUUGCCAUCCAAUCGUGGAUCAUCAUGGUUUGAUCGCUCUCGGCUUCCGUCGUCCGCUACCUCGGCACUGAAUCAAUUUAGAACUAAGCUUGCACGAGGUAUCGCACCAAGCGGUUUUUACCAACCCGCAAAUUUCAACUCGGAUUAUAACUCCCAUCCCUCCACUGGGCCGUCUUUACACAUUCAUGGUGACAUCUACAUAUACCCCUCUCGCGAUUCAGAUAGCUCCAGCGAUUCCUCUGAUCCUCCUUCGGAGGCAGACGCGAGCUCGACCAGCAACGAUGCGCCUUAUCAGAUCGACGAUCGCUCUGCCUUGACUCCUUAUUCUCGUCAAUCCCCUUUCUUUAGACCCAACAGGCCCAGCGGUAUCCUCAACGCGUACAACGGUGGUCGACCACCUGAGUCGUGGGGCUCUAAAUCUAGUAGCUAUGCUUAUGCGCCCCAGUCAUCGUUUGGUGGGACAACCUCGGCUCUGACGUCUUCCAACAACAACUAUUCGUCGUGGACAGGAAAUUACUCAUUGAAUGGCGUACAACCAAAAAAGGGGGGAUAUGGGUUUGACUGGGGACCUCGACUCGGUACGGGACGAGUACCUGUAUUCGGAUUGAAUUCCAGUGUCGCAAGUGGCGUUGAUAGUCAAAUCAGUGGCCUUAGUGAUGCGAUCUCCGAGUUAUCAAAGAUGAUGAAGUCACGGGGAGGUUCAGUGACUAUAACUUUCACGACCUCCACCCACAACCAGAACCAGAGGGGCUAA